AAUAAACAAUCUACUACUUAUCCAAGGAUUAGAAUCUUAUCAGAUAUAUUUUUGUACGAAUUGCUUUAACGAUGAUUACAAUUUUAAUGUUUUGUUUUCUUUAAGUUGCUUAUUUUAUUUCAUCUUAUACUCCAUCAAUUUUAAUUAUUUUUUUAAUUUGUGCCGUUAAUUGCCAACAUGGCGAAUUUAAUCAAAAACCAAGUCUUCAAACAUCUUGCUAAGUAUUUUAAAAACUUGUCAACUGAUAGUUUCAAAUUGAGUGCAAUGAAAGGAUUUUGUGAACUCCAUAAUCUUGAAUUGAACGAAGAUGUAUUAAUGGAUCUAUUAGAACUGCCUGUUUGGUUAAACAUAACCAAAGCAACUUGCAGUCAUGCAGCUAUCAAGAUUCCCUGGUCCAAGAUGCCCUGGGUACCAAUAUGUUUAGGCUUGGAUGAAGUACAUGUUGAAGUGGAAAUCACGGAAAACUUCCGAACCUUCAAAAACCAAACCUCUUCUAGUCAAACCACAUCUAAAUAUGGUAUCAUAUCAAGAACAAUUGAUGGUAUUCGCAUCACUAUAAGCUCAGUUGUUGUCAAACUUACCUCACCUUUCAUCAGUGCUUCUUUCCAGUUGUUCCAAUUAGAGGUUGAAAGUCGCUCUCCCAAUUGGAAACCUGUCUCUGAUCUUAGUACGACUACCUUUAAGGAUAAGAAGAAGGGUUUAGUAAUCAACUUUAAACACAUUGAAUGGCAAACUAUGAAAUUCGAAGCUAAAACAGAAUCAACGACUUCUUCAGCCCCUUUAAAGCUAAUCUGUCAAGGCUCUUGUCGUGUUAUGAUUAAGAAAAGGAUUUCCGAUUGUCAAGUUGUGGGUGCUCGAAUUGUUUUGAUGUUCAAUGAUCUUCUAUGGGUAUUAACGGAUGCAAUGCUAGUCUCGGCUUUUCAUUUUGUCACUCACAUAAAUGGACUCAUCAAGAGAUCUCCAAUCACUAAAAAAGUCAUCGAAGAACCUAAUAACGUAUCUACUAAACCUACCAAAGUAAAGCUGUCAGCUAAUAAUGUUGAAGUUGAAAAAUAUUUAGCCGCUAGUAAAUUGUUUUCUUUUGAAACGUCGUACCAUUUAGUUAUUAACUGUCUUCAAGUUCAACUAUGCGACGAUCUUGAUCCUGAACAUGGCCGAAGCUCUUUCCCUUCUCUGAGAGAUGGAGGUACAUUACACGUUGUUGUUAAUAAAUUUAUAUUAGAUAUUUAUCCUUACCAAAAAGCCUUAGGAAGCCGUGACAAUUGGCUUAAAUAUGGCGACCCAUCAGCAAAUCGAGAUAAUUGGAUAAAAUCUCACCUUUUUGAAUUUGCUGAUAGCAUUUCCAAUGGUUUUCCAAAAGGAUCUGCUAGCCAACGUUUAUCUGAUCUAUUCUCUUCAGUUAUUUUACUCAGAAUUGGUGAUUAUUCUGUUAAAUGUGUUUCUACGGCGGCUUCACGUUCAGGGGGUCGAAAGUUCGGCGCUGAUUCAGAUGAACGUAAAUUACUCUCUACUGGCAAAUUUCCUCGUGAUAUUCCUGCAUUUUACUUGGAGUUCAACCAAUUUUACUAUUAUGAAUAUGGAUCGGUUCGUGUUGCCCGGACUCGACCAGUACCAGAUCCAGUUUUAUUUGCAAAUGUUGCUCCCGUUAAAAUUUUAUUCGAUGCGCCUUCAUUAAUCUGGCUUAACGCCUUACAAAGUAAUUUGCACAAGCCUCUAAUGGAAUUGAAACAGAUCAUACCUCGUAGUGAGACGAAUGUAACUAUUUUCUCGCGUUUUGAAAUACUAAUGCCAACAAUUAUCGUUGAUUUGGGUAUACCAUCAACGGAUGCCUUUCAAUCAAGUACCUAUAAUAUUGAAUCAAUACAAAUAAAUUGCUCUCGUGCUGUUAUCACCAAUUCAAUCAAGGAGCCAACAUAUUUAGAUCGUUUAAAUGAUUCAUUGGUUUCUAUGGGAAGCUGUUCAUUAUUUAUUGAGAGAGAUAAAUUUCCUUGGAUUGAAGGUGUUCCUUCUAGACCUAUUUCAAGUGGAUUUUUAAAACUAAUGGAAUCAGAACGUUUAAAAUAUCAUAAUCAGAUAUGGGUCAUCGAUUGUGAUCCCGUUUGGUGUGACUUUAUUGAGAAGGAAUCAAGCGGGCGAACUAUACCACUAGUUGAUCCUUUCCAAAUAACUGUUUGGUCUUACCUCUCUUCUAAUUUAUUCGAUGAUGAAGCUGCCAAUAAAAAGCCUGAUAUUGAAGUUGAUUUACAUAAUCCUGAGUCUGAUGUAAAUAUCGUUUGUUGCAUUCCUACGCCAAUUAAGAUUGUUUUGGACCAUGAAGGCUAUCUCUUUUUAUCACGAAUUUUGGAAAAAUUUGACCAAUUUAACGAGUAUUUAACAAAUGAUUCUAGAAGAAUUGAAGAUUACCAUGGAAUAAAAUCUUCUGGUUCACCAAGAAUCUCUCUGAUCUCACUUUUAAAGAAUAUUAUGAUUGAAGUUUUACUAGACAAACAAGAGAUCAUUAAAAACAAAUCUGGAUCAUCGUCUAUUGAAAGUGAUCCUUCAUCACCAAUCAAAAGCUCAAAUCCAUCAUUUUCAAACCAUAAUUUUGAUUCUAUUAAACAUUCAUCAGAUCCUCUUACAUGUGAUUUACCAGAGGCAUCACUCGAUCGAGCAGAAUCAACCACUGACAGAUCAAGCUCUGGUUAUCGAUCUUAUUCCAUUCGUGAUUCUGAUCUUAGUAUGAAUGUGAGUGAUUCUGGUUUUGAAAUUCUGUCUGAUAUUUCUCCUAUCGAUGACGAUGAUCGUUCCAUUCGAAGUGAUCUUUCCGAUAGUCUUAUUGGAACAGUGAAUUUAGACAAUAUUACUCUUGAUGAUGAAGUUUACUUUACAAACUCCGGAGCUGCGUCCCGAAUUGUUGAAGAAGCCAUGGAAGCCACCGAAGCAGCUUUGAGUAAUGACUCAGGUGAUUUUAUGAACCAGCCUAAAAGAGAAAUUGUUUCAUUAUCUUUGGUUAAACUUCAUCUGGAUACUCUUGCGGUCGUUAAACAAGCUUAUGGCUUCAAAUCUUCUUUACUUGCACUUAUUUCUGGCGUGAAAUUGAAUGAACUGCUGAAAAUUUCUUAUGAGGAGUACAAAAAGCUAGAAGAAAACCUUAAAGGUCAUCGAAUUGACGGAGAUCAAAAUUGUGAUGAUAAUGAUAAGACUGUCCCAAAAUUAACUGUACGCCUUGAUAGUAUUCUAAAUGAAAGCCAAAAAAAUGAUUUAUGCUCUGUCAAUAUACAAAAUCUGAAGCAAACUCUAAAUAAUGAGACUUUACUACAAGUUUUAGAUUUUUUUAAUGACCCUGAUGCUACCCAGAUUCUCCCAAUUCUUAUAUACCUGCAAGAUGUCGUCUUUAAAUUGAUAGACAGCUCUCUGAAAACACCUCCAUUAGUUGUGAAUCUCAACGAAACUAUAGUCCAACGGUCCAAAGACAAUUAUAUUCAGAUUUUACCUUCUAAAUCCGAGGGAGGAGCACAAUUGGUUAGAUCAGGUCAGACUCUACUUAACUCGAGUAUAAACAAAUCUGGAACUGAAUUUUCUGAUACUAAACUAUCUGAUAUGGAUGGCAAUAACUCACUAUUAGACCAAGUCAUCAUGGAAAAUAAAAGACUGAAAAAGGAGCUAUCUGACUUAAAAGAGCAAAAUCUUGCGUUGAAAAAUAUUUUGGAUACCAACAGGGAUAAAUGAUGAAGUUUUAUUUGGUUUCUCUUGUCUGAUAAUAUUUACAAUUGUUAACUAUGUUCAAAACAUCUGUUAAUCUCUGUUUAAAAGAGGAAAAGGUCUUAAUAAAGUUAAGCAAUCAAUCAAUGA